AGAACCUACGCAGCGCGGUGCACAGAGCGAGACCAUUCCUCGUCUUCUCUCUCUCUCACCAAAACUCAAUUCAAAUCUCUCUCUCUCUCUCUCUCUCUCUCUCUCUCUGCCUGCAAAUGUCGACCGGCGGAGGCUUCGCCGUCCUCGACGGCGCGCAGCUCGGCGGCGACAUCGACCUCUCCCUCCCCGAUCACGGCGGCGGCGCCCUCAUCGGCGCUCAGGUGAUCGAGCUCGCGGAGUCCAGAGUCAGCGAUCGUCUGUACGGCCUCGCGCUGCCGGAGAACAUCAGGUCCCGUGCGCUCGGCCGCGUCGGCUUCGGCGGCGGUUUCCGAGAGGCGGAGCUGGACGGGGAUCAGGCUGCGGAGAAGCUCAAGGAGUAUGUCGCUGCGAUCGCUGGUGAAUUGAAAGAUGAUCCCAUUGUUGUAUCAAUUUUGGAUGGAAGUGCUCUACGCUUAGAUCUAGAGGAUGAAGAUGAUUUUGCAAUGUUAGCAGAGAAUCUAUUCACAGAACUAGAUGCUGAAGAUACAGGAAAGAUCAAGAAGAGUGAGAUUAGAAGAGCUCUUGACAACAUGGGAGUCGAGAUGGGCGUUCCUCCACCUUCAGAGUUACACCUGCUUAGUGACAUCUUGAAGAAACAUGGAGCUGAAGGGGAAGAGGAAGUGGGCCAAGCACAAUUUGCGGAAGUACUCCAGUCUGUUCUACAUGAACUAGCAGAUACGCUGGCCGAAAAGCGCGUUGUUGUCACUCAUAAUGUGAAGGUUGUCAAUGGUUCUAAGAUCAGAAAGCUCUUAGAAGACGAAAAGCAACUGGCAAAUGUCACGGAGAAGAUAUUGGAGGGGAAUCAUGAACAAAAUUGUGUCGAAACAGUUAGGAAGUAUCUGGAGAAAAAUGGUGCCGAUAUGGGGUUGCCACCACUGGACAUUGAAGAAGCAGUUGCUCUUUACAAUGCUGUAUUUUAUAGUGCUGCAUUCGAUAAGAGUGUUUCGGAAUGGAGAAAAGACGAAAUCCAGGAAAUUGUGAAGGAGAUCUUGGGGAAGUUUGCGGAGCAACUCGAAAGCGAUCCCGUUUUCGUCGAUCUUGGCAACUGAGGGAGAAAUGUGGCGGGAAAUGCAGUGAUGUAUCGUGUUUCUUGGUGAUGUGUCUUGUCGAAUUGGUGUCCCCAAUGACCAUUUUGUUCUCAUCCUUCUAGAUACCUUCUUCAUACAAACUUCAUUACUUUCUUGGCUACUCCUGACCCUCCUCAUGCCCGGGGUCACCUUAUGUAAUUUAUAUCAUGGGAUAAAAAUGGGGGAUUGAGAUGCCGAAUACCCAGUUCGGUAUCGGUUGAGACAUUCUUUUCACUGUUUCGGGCAUUGCAGGUGAACUUUUCUGAUUGA